GUUUACGAAGUUGGCUGUGAUAAUGGCGUACAGUACUUUUAAAUUAAUUAUAUUAUGUAUUUAGAGUGAUUUCAAUGUCAAAAGCAUAUAAAUAAAUAAGAAGUAAAACACUGAUUAGGUUACAUUUAUACAAUCCGAAACUUUACAACAUUACGUAAUCGUUGCUGAAAGGCAAAAACGUCGUAAACAUCCAGGAAUUGUAACCAUUUCCGAGAAUGCGCUACGUUUAUCUGUCAAAGAGGCCGUGGUUAAAGUGGACAAAGAUUUGGAGUCGUAAUUUACAAUAUUUACCAACGAUGUCUGCCAAUUCACCACCCGGGACUAGCGAUGGAGAAGACUCGUUAGAUGCGUCGACCGUCCCGCCAAAUCAUAUAGAAACUAUGGGCGCCCGCCUUCGGGAUUUGGAUGUAGACUCUAUCCGUAGAUACUUGGCUCAAAAACUCGGUUUCUAUGAGCCUACGGAGCCGGCGGCGCCGGUAGAAAAGGUUUUGGAUGAAGUCAACCUAGACGGUAUCGUGAAAUGGAUCAAGGGAUCGCGAUGCAAAAACAUUAUAACAUUGGCGGGAGCGGGCAUUUCCACUUCGGCCGGAAUCCCAGACUUCCGGAGUCCAGAAACGGGUCUCUACCACAACCUGCAGAAGUACAACCUCCCCGAGCCGCAGGCCAUUUUUGAAAUCAACUUCUUCCGACAGAACCCCAAGCCUUUCUUUCUGUUAGCCAAAGAGCUGUUUCCGGGGAGCUUCAAGCCUACUGUGUCACACUAUUUCAUCAGGCUUUUACAUGAGAAAGGUCUUCUCCUCCGCCACUACACUCAGAACAUCGACACGCUAGAGCGCGGCGCCGGUAUCCCAGAAGAAAAGUUAGUUGAAGCCCACGGGACAUUUUACACGUCGCACUGUAUCGACUGCAGGAAGCAAUACCCGCUUGAGUUCAUUAAAGAGCAUAUAUUCUCGGACCAAAUCCCGAUCUGCACCGCCUGCCCCGGUGUAGUUAAGCCUGACAUCGUGUUCUUCGGGGAGAGCCUGCCGGACCGCUUCCAAGACUGCCUGCAGGAGGACUUCCAGCACUGCGACAUGCUCAUCAUCAUGGGAUCCUCGCUGGAGGUGCAGCCGUUUGCUUCCCUCAUCGACAUGGUCCCGGACUGGUGUCCGCGGCUGCUCAUCAACCGCGAGAAGGCGGGGCUGCGCUCGCCGCUGCUGCGGUUGUGGGGGCUGUCGUCGGGCGGGCUGCAGCUGGACGGGGACGCGACCAGGGACGUGGCGCGGCUCGGGGACUGCGACGAGGGGUGUCGCGAGCUGGCCCAGAAGCUCGGGUGGGGGGAGGAACUUCAAGCCCUGGUAGCCUCCGAGCACGCCCGGCUAGAGCUGGCGGGCUCGCUGUCCGCCCCACACGCGCCGCACGCCCCACACGCGCCGCACGCCCCACACGCCCCACACGCCCCGCACGCCCCACACGCACCGCACGUACCGGAGCCGGGCGUCAGUACACCGCUAGACCCUAAACUGUGAGCGUAAACCUAAGGUCUGAUGUAUAUCGAAUACACCGCAGCCACAUUGUUCA